AUUGUCCAUCCUACAAUAUCGAUGUUCCCCGUAGCGCAGACGACCCAAAAAUAUAUCGGCACCUCUCGGCCGAGGAGUUCCGUUCCAUGGCCUGUGUUGGCGACACCAUCAAGCUCGUCUGCGUCGAUGGCAAUGUGUUCCAAGUGCCAGGCAAAAGCUUUGAUCUGACCGUCUAUGCUCUGUCGGAUGACCUGUCAGAGUGGACCAUAGACAGGAAGUACAAUGUUGGAAACAUCUGGGCAAGCGAGGCCUACCAUUCUACUGGCAUGCCAAAUCUUGCUCCCUUGUUCCCUGUCCUGAGCAUCAAUGAAGAUGACGUCAUCUACCUGGUUUUCACUCCUCUCAAGUUGGUGGAUGAUAGAGCAGAGUGCACAAGCCAGUAUUUGAUUCGUGUCGACAUGAAGAAUAACAAGGUCCAGCUCUAUCCACAGAGUACAGAGUCCAGAAUUCAUUCCCAAGUCUUGGCCAGUGAGAUCAGUGCAUACCAACAGCAUUUACAGGAUCACCCGAGAGAGAUAGAAGCAACUGAGUUGGGGGCAAGCGGAAAGAGGCUAAGGCUUUGAGAUGUUGGCAACAUAUCAAUGUUAUUGCAGAUGUUUGCAGCAAGUCCACUGGAGACAUUUAAUGUUAUCGUGAUCAGAUGUUAAGUAGUUAAAACUGAAUGGUGGGUAGUAUGUGCUGUCAGUCAUGGCUUUUAACGGAGUGGCUUCUUUUGGAUUUGAAACUGGUCAUGGCCAUUCCAUGUCUUUAUAUGUAUAUUGCUCUGAUUGUGUGAAUCUGGUUACGCGCAUAAUUAAUUUUGCAUUUCCUUG